UUCGCUCCUUUGGUACAGAAGAUAGACCAACUGAUAGACCUAUACCACCUCGUGAUGAAGUCUUUGAGUAUAUUAUAUUCCGUGGCAGUGACAUUAAAGACCUAACUGUCUGUGAGCCACCAAAGCCCCAAUGUUCUUUGCCACAGGACCCUGCUAUUGUUCAGUCUUCAUUAGGUUCUUCAACUACAUCUUCAUUCCAGUCUGUGGGGUCCUAUGGUCCUUUUGGCAGAAUGCCUGCGUACAGUCAGUUUAGUCCAAGCCCGCUGGUGGGGCAGCAGUUCGGCGCUGUUGGAGUUGCAGGAGGUUCUUUAACAUCUUUUGGAACAGACUCUUCAGCCAGUGCUAGCAUGUCCCAAAGCACUGCAGUUGGUUCUGCAUUUACAACAGAUGCAAGAUCACUAAAAACACAGAUGUCUCAAGGUCGUUCGAGCCCUCAGAUAGAUCAUUUGAGAAGGAGCCCCACCAUGGAACAAGCAGUACAAACAGCUUCAGCCCACUUGCCUACUCCGGCACCAGUUGGGAGGAGUCCUGUACCAGCUAGACCUUUGGUGUCUGCUAGCCAAAAAUCGUUAGAGAAUCAAGAGCACAGACGAGCUGAAGCACACAAGGUUUCAAGAUCAGAAAAUGAACUCAGAAAUGAAAACAAACGACAAAUUGUUCCAGGUGGACCUUCAGCACGGAGAGGCCGUGGAGGUCACAGAGGGGGUCGAGGAAGGUUUGGUAUUAGAAGGGAUGGUCCAAUGAAGUUUGAGAAGGACUUUGACUUUGAAAGUGCAAAUGCACAAUUCAACAAGGAGGAAAUUGAUAGAGAAUUUCAUAAUAAACUUAAACUAAAAGAAGAUAAACUUGAGAAACCAGAGAAGCCUGUAAAUGGAGAAGACAAAGGUGACUCAGGUGUUGAUACCCAAAAUAGCGAAGGCAAUGCAGAUGAGGAAGAUCCACUUGGACCCAACUGCUACUAUGACAAAACCAAAUCCUUCUUUGAUAACAUCUCCUGUGAUGACAAUAGAGAACGACGACCCACCUGGGCUGAGGAAAGAAGAUUAAAUGCAGAGACCUUCGGAAUACCACUGCGUCCAAAUCGUGGCCGUGGAGGGUAUAGAGGCAGAGGGGGGAUUGGCUUCCGAGGUGGAAGAGGACGAGGAGGUGGAAGAGGUGGCUUCGCUGCCCCCCGAGGAUUUCGUGGUGGAUUCAGAGGAGGUCGUGGAGGCAGGGAGUUUGCUGACUUUGAAUAUAGGAAAGACAACAAAGUUGCUGCAUAGUCUACAAGACAGCUGAAACCGGGUGAACGUCUAGAUCUUCUUGAUCCAGAGAAUUAGUUUCAGUCUCUGCAAAGAAUGAAGUUAAUUUGCUGUAUACUUGUCACCAGCACUGGGAUUUGACUAUUUAAUUUCAAAGGGGUGUAAUGCAGUUACUUUUGAAAAAUGGCCAUCUUUGAAAACAGUGAGCAUUAAAUAUAUUUGAGACAGAAGGAUAAGUAAUUUCUUAUGUAUAGUUAAUUAUAAAGCAGUACUUCGAUGGAGUUUAAGUAUUUUUUCAUCACUGAAAGGAUUUUUCUUAUUGCUAAACUGUAUUUGAUAAUUGCUUCAAGUUGUAAGGACAAUUGUAUGCAGAAGGCCGUCGAUACUGUGAGUGUUUUGAUCCACCGGAGGUUGUUUUUUGGAAAUCCUGUAAUAUCCCUUUUGAGAUAGUUGUACUUUUAUCAACUAGGGUGCUGGACAGUAGAAAACUUGCUUUGUCAGUCAAAUAUGUACACACAGUAAAUACUGUUUCUUAGGCAAAGGAAACUUUUUAUAUAGUUGUAAAAUUCCAUUAUAUCCCAUUGCCAAAGAAACAUUACAAACUUUGUAUAGCUGUAUAAAAAGCAACUAAUUUUUUAAAGAAUAAACAUUUUUAAGUCGGCAAA